AGGAGACACCAAAUUGAGACGGCAGAUCUCUACUCUAAAUCCACCUAGCGGGGCCGACCUAGCCUGGUUAAAUAAUAUUUUCCCCUGAAGCUGUGAUCAAGUCCGAUCAGUUUGGUUCCUCCAAUUUCGUGACGAUCGUUGAUCAUUUAAUCAAAGGUAGGAGUCUUCACUCACCGCCUUAAACUCGAAUCCUUCGAUCGCAGUCACUUGCGCCUCUGCAUGCUCAUCCACUAUAUCGGUUACCCAUCGCCAUUUAUGAGGUACGUACGAUAUGCAAUUCUUGAACGAGAUCGGAUUUUAGGGUUUCUCCGGCUAUCGUCUCAUCUGCAAUCAAUGUUUGAGAGGGUUUGGCUGCUGAAUUGACGCGUCAUCUGUGAACAAACAUUGCUUUGGAAGUCGGAGGUUAAUAUUCAACAGAAGGUUGUUGAUUGAGAUCAGAGCAGUUACACUGUUGCCCUUCCAACACUUGCCCAUGCACUUGUGAAAACACUCUAAUGCAUGCUACUGUUGUGGCGAGAGAUCCAUCUCAUGUGGUCCAGCAGUACCAUUUAUUAGAAGCAGGGCGAUCUCUUACCUUCUUCUUUGGCGCUUCUCUCCCAUAGUUUAUUCAUUGAACCUGGACUCAGAAUUAGCACUUGUUUUGAAUGGGAGACUCAUUUCACAAUCCUGGUUCAGGAAAAAACUCUGAAGUUAUAAGUGUUGUCUCGAAUAAAACAAUGUCUAAAAGAUGCUCAAUUAAUUCUAGCCCCAAGCCUCUUCCCCAGAAAUCUACAAGACAUAUGGGUCCAUUCAACGAUAUCAGAAUAGGAAUGGAUACUGCUGGUAAUGCAGCAUUAUUUGUAGUCAAGGUUGCUGCGCUGGAGACUGUGCGGAGGUUCUCAAGGGAAAGAUGUCCAUUCAUAUGGCACGGUAUUCAGGCCUUGCAAGUUCUUUGUUAUCCACCACUGAAGUGGAUCUUAAGAUGGGCUCCAUUGAAGGGUAUAGUAAACAGCAUGCAGGCAUUAUCAAGGCCAUUACUUGUCCUUUCUAUUGCAACGGCUUUCUCUGAUCAAUCAGGGUUCAGUAAGAUCACCUCAGAUGCUAUCAAUGAUUCCACUAAUUCAAAUGACUUGGAGGCAUCUUCAGAAUCAAAUUCAGAGUCAUCUUCUGUGGAGUCUACUCUUAAUAUGAGGGUUCUUGAUGAAGCUACUGAAAGUCAAUUGUCCGAGAAGUGGUUGAUUCAACUCUAUGCAGAGCUUGAAAAUAAGGGGAUUAAUUUACCUGAUAGAAUAGAUGAAGAUGAACUCCGCAGAUUCUAUGUUGCUGCAAAUGGUGAUUUUUCAUGCUUGCUAUCAUCAGUUACGAAGACAAUCCGUUGGAGGGAGACUUAUAACAUUCUUUCCGGACAAGAACUUGAGAGAUGGUCAAAUAUGGUCUUCUGGCAUGGAUGUGAUGUGAAGUACAGGCCCUGUCUUAUUGUACGGCUCGGGCUAGCUUGUAGCAGCUUGUCAUCUCAUGAAAGACCUUGCUUUAUUCAAGCUGUUGUUUCUCAGGUGGAGCAUGGGAUUCUGCAUUUGGUUGACCCUGAAAAUCCUCAAAUUACUGUAUUGGUGGAUUGCAAGGGAUUGUCACAGUUGAGGUUUCCUAUGCAAAUGAUGAGAUGGUGUUCUGGUAUUUUUCAAGAUCAUUUCCCAAAUCGUCUUGGCCUUUUAUUUGUCAUACGGCUCCCUUCGGUAGUUCGGGUUAUUGCACAAACUUUUAUGCAAGUUUUAAAACCUGUCACGCGACAAAAGUUGAUAAUUGAAGGGGAGAUGUACCAGAAAGUUAUCAUGGAGAACUUUCAAACACUCCCAUCGUUUCUUGGUGGCACUUGCAAGUGUAGGAGAUGUUCAAACCUUGACAUCUGCAAUGCCCGGCUGCCUCAAAUUAUAGAGACCAAGGAAACAGAGAGAAAAAUCGAUACCAUCAGCUGUGAGGAAAUGUUACCGCCUCAUGUAACUGAUGUUGCUGAUAUGGAAAUGAAUGGCAACUGCAAUCAGGUGUUGCGAACUGCUGUAGUAGGUAUCGUCAUAUUCUGGGUUCUGAUUGCAUUUAUUGCAGGAGUAUAUGAUCCUGAAAGCCAUCCAGCUUUACCUUCCUAACUUCCAAGUGCUGAGGAAUGGCUUUACACGAGAACAGUUUCAAGUGCCGAAUGCAAUUGAUCAAAGUAUUGCAGAUGCAUUCGUCCUCACCAAAACUAUGUUAAAUAAAUAAUAUCGUCUUGAUGUUAUCAGCCUUGCUAGCAAUUCUUCAGUUUUGUUUCAUUGAAUCCUGGAAAUUCAGUAGAGGUUGGAAGGGUAUUCCGUUUGGAGCCAUUUUGAGUUACAAUCGAAAAAAAAAUAAAAUUAGGGUCCUCCAGAUCGACAAAUUGGUAGAUUCUUGAGUUCCGACUGUCUAAUCUGAUGAUAGGUUCUUCAUCAUGAAUCAGUGGAUAAAAGGUGUAGUACAUUGUUUAAGACACCGGGGACAUUGUGUAAUAUAUGUGAAGUGGGAUUGGAUUGCUUCAUUCACUUUAUGAAGCAUGGUUUCGCUGACUGGACAUCAUACCAGAAAUUACAGUAAAACUCUACAAGUCAGAAGUUAAUUCCUUCCCAUGGAGCUAGCGCGCUAGAAAGAGCGUUAAAUUAAAUUCUUUAGGGGGGAAUGAAUAAUCUUUCUCGUGUAAUUAGUUGUUAAUUAAUUGUAGAAAUUUCCUCUGAGAUCAUAAAUUUUUGGUUUUUAGGCCGGGCAGAAAGGGAUAAUUGAUGUGAAUUUAAAAUGCAGAGCGAGGUGCAGUUCAUAUGUGUCAUCGACCAACUAAAUCACACUAACAUCAUGUCGUGCUCGUUGCUGAGUCUCCACUUAAUGCCCGCCCGCUGAU